AUGGUGAGUAAGGAGCCCAGCAAAUGCUUACUUACCACCUCAGAAAGCGAAGUUGAGCCAGCGGCUUCGCUCGCACUGGAGAUGAAAUACGCACUGGAUCCCAACCGGCAGAUUAAGAAACGAAACAAAGCCCUCCAGGUGAGAUUUAAAGAUAUCUGCGAGGCCCAGAACGAGCAGAGGGACAAACAGCUGUCGACCACGCAGGACCCGGACAAGAGGGAAGCCAAGCCCGUUUCCUACAAAACGGCUUAUCGCAAGUACAUGACGGUGCCUGCCCGGAGGUCAAUACCCAACGUCACCAAGAGCACAGGAGUUCAGACUUCACCCGAUCUUAAGAAGUGUUACCAGACCUUUCCUCUGGACCGGAAAAAAGGGAAUAUUCUUAAAAGCGCCUCGACUGUCGACACCUUUAAGAGUCAAAACAACGGGUUUCUAAUAGACGUUAAGGACAAAGACGGCAGAAGCUCAGGGGAGGCCGUUCAGUGGGGCAAGGCGGCCAGCAGCCUGCAGACGGCCGAGUUCAUUUCCCACAUCAACGAGCGCACCAGCGCGGCGGCUCGCGACAACGGGGCCGAGGCCUGGAAGAGCGCCCCCCCUCCCCCCCCAAACUCGGCUGACCCGGCUCCAGAGGAGCCCACCGCCGACCGGCCGCCCAGCCGAGGGAGACAGGUGGCGGGGCAGCCGGGGAGCGAGGAGGCCGCCCAGCCCCUCCACGGGAGGGUCUUCAAGACUGAAGUGGCCGCCAUUUAUUUGCCAGCGGCCGGUUUAGACGCUUCGCAGCCCGACCUGCCAAAUCUCGCGGCCGACACCGACUGGUCACUGUGCCCGACAGCCGAGGAGGACACAAAGAGGACCGUGCACCUGAACGGUGUUCAGCCCCAGGCAGGAGAUGCUCGAGCCUGCUCUUUGCAGGCGCCGUGCCAAGCCGCCGAAUGUAACGAACAGACCCUUCAGAUAAACGUUUCACCUAUGGAGGAGAACCAGCCUUGCCAGACAGCUGUCGCGGUGAGCGAGGAAUGCCAACAAAUUGUGCCUCACACGGAAGUUGUGGACUUGAAAGCACAGCUUCAGAUGAUGGAAAAUUUGAUCAGCUCUAGUCAGGAAACCAUAAAAGUGUUGUUGGGUGUUAUACAGGAGCUAGAAAAAGGAGAAGCUCACAGAGAAGGGCUUUCAUAUCGGACUGGUCAAGACACGGCUAAUUGCGACACAUGCAGGAACAGUGCAUGUAUUAUCUAUAGUGUGGAAUUGGAUUUUAAACAGCAAGAAGAUAAACUACAGCCAGUUUUGAGAAAACUUCAUCCUAUUGAGGAAACUCAGGUUGCACCUUUGCCUUAUUCUCAGGAGAGCUACUCCUCCACUCCCAAGCAAAAAUCCAAAACUGAAUCAAAAAAGCAUGGAAGAUGGAAACUCUGGUUCCUUUAA